AUGGCGAUCCCAGGAGAUAAGAUCGUUGCCUCCAUCACAGAACACGACGAAGAAACGCAGCAGCCAGUCAAGGAUAAUAACCGGGUCGACGAUGCUCAUCAUUUCGUCCAGGAGAACGCUGAUAUUGAAUGGACAGAGGAGGAGGAGAGGAAGCUUUUGUGGAAAAUCGACGUUCGCAUCAUCGUUCUGUUGUUGCUUGGCAAUAUCUGCAUGGCUUGUGACUCCGGCGCCUACGGCAUUGCAGCUAUCUUCGGCUUGAUAACAGACCUAAAGCUCUACACUAUCGUCAGCGUUAACCCACCAGUCCUCAGUCUCACGAAGUACUCUUGGACCAAUUCAAUCCUGACAUUUGCAGCUCUUGUUGGCCAGUAUCCCCUUCUCCUCCUCGCCCAAAAACUCCCAGUCGGGAAGUACUUGACAGGCAUUAUCCUGUACUCUGGAGCUCUCGCCCUACUUUUCCUUACGUUGCGUGACUUUGCGGGAACUAUGGCCUUGAAAUUCUUCUAUGGGUUUCAAGGCGUUAGUCUCCCGGUCUGCAUUCUACUCAGUUCGAUGUGGUGGAAGACAGAGGAGCAGCCUCUUCGCAUUGGGCUCUGGAUGUGCGGUGCCUCCGUCGGAGCCAUCGUCGGGCAGGCCCUUGAUUAUGGUGCGGCCUCGAUCAAGGGAGAAUUUCACAAUAGCCCCUGGAAGUGGAUCUACUUAGUAGUCGGUUCUAUCACCGUUGGCUUCUCUAUCAUCUUCGGCAUCUUCUUCCCAGACUCUCCGAUGAAGGCUCGCUUUUUAUCCGAACGAGAGCGUAACAUCGCCGUCAGGCGGCUGCAAAAAAAUCAGACAGGGAUCCAAACACGAAAGUUGAAGUGGGCCCAAGUGCGAGCAGCAUUUACCGAUCUACAGACGUGGCUCAUAUGCGUGACUGGUUUCGCGUUUGCUUUCGCGACUGCCGGACUUGGAAGUUUUGGCGCAUUGAUACUCACCGGCUUCGGUUUUUCCAACUUCAAAACUAUUCAACUCUUUAUGCCAUGCUCUGGCAUUGUGAUUAUCAAUAUGCUAGUCUCCGGGCUGCUAGCGACUAAGUUCAAGAAGUCGCGCAUCGUCAUUGCGAUGGGAUUCCUGGUCCCUUCAAUCGUUUCAUACAUUCUGCUUUGGAAAUUGCCGAGAGAUAACAAAGGAGGUCUCCUCACGUCGUUCUACUUUGGCUUUUUCUUCUAUGGUGCCCUGAUCCAGACACUUGGCCUCCUGGCAUCCAAUAUCGGCGGCUUCACAAAGAAAACGACGGCGAACGCCAUGAUUUUCGCAGCCUCGUCAAUCGGAGGGAUCGCUGGGCCAUUUGCUUUCAAGGGCAGCGAAGCCGCUGAGGGCUACCCAACCGGUAUGAUCAUCCUCAUGAUCUCGAUGGUCGCCGCGGAAGUUUCGAUGGCUAUACUCCUACUGUACUACAAGGCCCUAAAUCGCCGCCGUGACCGCGCGAUCAACGAGCCCGGCGCCGCCGAUGCGCUGCGAUCGACAUUGACCGAGGGACAGGCCGCGUUCCUAGAUCUCACAGAUCACGAAAACCCUUACUUUCGCUAUACCUAUUAA